UUCCUUCUUAGUUAAAAUCAGAAGACAGAAAUGUUGCAGUCUUGCAAGUAUUGUAUGAGUAAAGACUAAUUCAUUGGUUACGGCCAAAUUACAUUAUAGCCUACUGAAUGUCCAAUUCCAGGACAGGAUAACCAGGAAGAAAGGAGAUAGACAUCGCGUGGUCUGCGAUUGCGACAGACCACUGAAUUCUGCAGCUGUGGGAAACAGGACCAACCGAAUCCAUCGUUAUUAUUUGUUGGCAGUCUUACACUUUACUGAGUGAUGUCUUUGAAUUACAUAUCGACGAAGAUCAGAACCCCCAAAUAAGGCUCUCAGGCACACUGAACCAGACUCCAGGCCACAGUACAGUAUGUGACGCUGAGAGUUGGAGCACAUCCCAGGCCUUAGAUGGAGGACCACCUGCCCCCAAGGCUGCUCGAGGCCUGUGUUAUUAUGGGUGCUACAACUGAUAAGCUAAAGGAGGCAUAUCAGAACCAUCAACAAGGAAACACAGCCGUGUCUCCGGUAUUGGAGGCUGAGGUUUUGCAGGUUCAUGUGCCCCCUUUUGCAUUAAAGGACAAAGCUGCAGAAUGUGUGGGGCCAGCAGCUUUCAGUAGGGUUCAACGCAGACGCUCCUUCAUCAAGAAAACAGAGAGACCAGUGGUGGCGCCAGGUCAUUCUCCUGGUGGGGAGGAAACUACCCAAGACAUCAGCGUGCCAAAAGACAUUGACCUUGGAGGCCUGCCUCAACUCUGCUUUCCGGGAGGUCUGACUGUUUGGAGUGAGCCAAAAGAGCCCUGCUUUCAUUUCUUGGUGUUCACUGAUGUGUUUGGAAAUCAAACCCAUGGAGUUGUGCUGCAAUACUGUAGGCCAGUUCAGUUGUUUCAGGAUAGCACUCUUCAGCAGAAUGGAACUAAGGUUUCCCGACUCUACACCACCUAUGGUGUCUGUGUAAUAUCAAAGUACCCCUAUUACAAUGCCUUGAGGGAUUGUCUGUCAUGUCUUCUGAGUCAGCUGAAAAAUUGUCGGAUAACGGAUGUAGAUCAACGUGUGAAAGAAUUCUCUGCCAAACUCGCUCUGGUGCCCAUUCCACCCCCUGGAGAUCUUCAUGUGGUGUUUAGCCUGAGCCCCCUGGUCAUUGUGCUUCCUUCCAGGGAAGACAAACACUACCCUGUGGUAGAUCUCGAUCUACACCUCCCUUUUCUAUGCUUUCAAACAAGGGAACUUUUGCAGAUCAUCACAGCCCUCCUGGCAGAGCGGCGGAUCGUGUUCUUCUCCAGCGACUGGGCACGGCUGACGGUGAUGGCGGAGUGCUUCAUGCUUUACAUCCACCCGCUGCACUGGCAGCACCCACUGGUGCCCACCCUCUCCCACCAGAUGCUGGACUUCGUCAUGGCACCCACCGCCUUUCUCAUGGGCUGCCACCUCAGCCACUUUGAGGAAGUGUCCGCGGAAACAGAUGACCUGAUUUUAGUCAACAUCGAUGACGGGACAGUGUCCUCGUCCAGUUCAGAACUCACUGACCUACCGGCUGUGCCCUUAGCCGCCACUGAGUGCUUCAGGACACGGAGGAGAGGCCUUCAGCUUCACUUUGACCUGGAGGUGAGCCAGCAGGGCACCAACACCACGCUGAACGAGCUGCGGGCACACAGGCGCACCUGGCAGCAGCGCCUCAACUGGGAGAUCCAGAACAUCACCCUGGAGCUCAUCGUCAACAUCUUCAGGGGUCUGGCUGAUCAUCUGAACUAUGAGCACAGAGUCUUUAAUAGUAAGGAAUUCCUCAAAUCCAGGGAGCCUUCUGACCAGCCCUUUUAUAAAGAGGUGUUGGAGAGCCAUAUUUUCCACUCCUUCUUGAAAGAUCGGUUGAAUCGCAAGAUGGAUGCCUACACUCGCAUGGAGCAGAGCUCUCGCUCUGAGGCUGAAAAAGUAAAAGUCAUGAUUGACACUCUUCGUCGGCCCACUAUGAAGGAGAUGGGGCGUAGGAGCAGCAACUAUGAGAACUGUGUGAACAAGAGGCUUGGCACCAGUCUGCCCAAUCUCAGGGAGGAGCAACACCUCAGCAUCCUCCGGCAGACGUCAGUGACCGAACCACCUUUGAAGAUCCGGCAAAAACAUGUCAAGCAGUUCAAGCUGCCAGAUUUCCACCCCCACUUGUCCUAUCAGUACGUGCAGGACUACUACGCUGACCUGGUGAGCCUUCUGGGCAAAGCCAUCUCCUUCACACCCCGUGAGAGCUCCUCCCUGCUGGCGCGCUACUACUACCUGCGCGGCGUGGUCAACACCAUGUGCGGCCGCAGGCUGGACGCGCUCAGCGACUUCCAGAACCUCAACCACACGGACGUGGAGAUCUUCCCCGCAGCACUGGUCAGGGCGCUGGUGGACUCGCUCCAGCAGGAGGAGCAGGCGCAGGUGGAGCGCCGGCCCGAGCUCAAGCGCCUGGUGUGCAGGGUGAGGAGCAGCGAGAGCGAGGAGACUGCUGUCCAGCCCACCGAUGACCACGUGAAGAAGUUUGAGAUGCCCAAGACCCACAUGCCACUGGAGGACUUUGUCACGCAUGUUCAGGAAUCGGGUAUUGUCAGAGAUGUGAGCACCAUCCAUCGCCUGUUUGAGGCACUCAGUGUGGUUAAAAGUCAGGAUCCUGCUGGACAGACCAUUUCCCACUCAUGUUUUUACAUUCCCUCCAUACUGGGUGGAGCGCGGAAAGAGGUGGACCCAGACACGUUUUGUGAUUUCUACACCUUCUGGAAGGGCAUGGAGGCUGAGGCGCAGGAUGUGAACCUGCCCACUGAGGUCAUUGAACAGCUGGACAACAACGAGUGUGUGUAUAAGCUCUCCUGCUCAGUGAAGACCAGUUAUGGCGUCGGCAAGAUUGCCAUGACCCAAAAGCGACUCUUCCUACUUACUGAUGGACGGAGAGGAUUUGUGGACAUCACUAAGUUCAGAGAUAUAGUGGAAGUAAAGAUCUCUUCAGCUCAGUUCGUGGUUUUGCGUAUCCCAUCACUGAGGAUCAAGAGCAGCCUGAAGAAAGAAACAUUUGAGGCCAAUCUGAAGUCGGAGUGUGAUCUGUGGAGCCUGAUGAUUAAAGAAAUGUGGGCUGGGCGAAAGAUGGCCGAUGACCACAAGGAUCCUCAGCACAUGCAACAGGCCCUUACAAAUGUCCUCCUCAUGGACACUGUGGUUGGCUGUCUUCAGCCACAGAAAGGCAUAUUAGCAGCUUCUAAACUGGCUUAUUAUGACCGGAUGAAACACGAGGUACCAAUGACCGUCCCAAAGACGACCUCUGAGACUCUGAAGCACAAGAUUAACCCCUCUCUCCACAUGCCCUCUCAGCAGACCGUGGAUGUGCUGCUCUACACUCCAGGCCAGCUGGGGAAGUCCGACGUGGAUGGAGACGGGAACCCCAAGUUGUGGUGUGCCCUCAGCCACGGGAGAGUGGUGCUGUUUGAUGCAGCCAGCUGGUCCAUGCAACAGAACUGCAUUCAAGUGGGAGUACUGCCAGUAAGCUGUAUGCUUGGGCUGGACCAGGAGCAAGUAUGGAUCGGCUCUCAGGAUUCCACCAUUUACAUCAUCAACACGCGCCGCAUGUCCUGUCACAAGCAGCUGACUGAACACCGCAGCGAGGUCACAGAUCUAGUCCUGGAGGAUACACAGGACACAUUCAGCCCAACAUUGGCCUACUCGUGCAGUCUUGAUGGUAUGGUUAUUGUCUGGGAUGUCUCUACCCUGAAGAUGAAAAGGCAGUUUCACCUGAGCUGUCACAAACUCACCUCUCUGCAGCUGUACAAUAGGACGCUGUGGUGCUGUGCCCAAGAUUGCAUCAUGGAACUGAGGAAGACUGGACUUGUGCAGCGUAAGAUCUGCUUGCUACAGGAUCCCACAAACCCUCCUUCUCCCUUCAACGGGUUCAUCGUCUAUUUAGAGAGGGAGCAGAUAUGGACCAGUUGUGCUAAUUCAUCUGAAUUAUGUGUGUGGCACUCUGACAAUCUGGAGAAGCCCUCACAGAGGAUAACUCUGCCUGACUGUGCUGGAGUCACCUGUAUGCUCAAGGUCAAGAACCAGAUCUGGGUUGGCUGUCGGAGCCUGAGCGAGAGCCCGGGUCAGGCGGUGGGGAAGAUCUUCGUGGUGGAUGUGGCCCAGGCUGUGGUGGAGAAGGAGCUGCUGGCUCACACCGACAGCGUCCAGGCACUCUGCUCGGCUGAGGACCGCUAUGUGCUGAGCGGCUCUGCCUGCCUGGACGGAAAGAUCGCCAUUUGGAAAGUAGAGUAAAGUCGAGGGCUCCCUCAAGUCAGCCAAUGCUCCUCUUUAGUGCACUUCCAGAGGACAAAUCUGGACAUGAUUUUUGGACAAAAACUGUUGUACUGAUGAGGGUCCAUCUGCAAGGGAAGCCCAUUGCCUCUGUUCUCAGCAGCCUAUCUGAAUGUCAGACUGCAUGACCAAAACUGAACUUUGGUAUCUGACUCUUGCGGUAUCCUUCUCCAAAUGAUGAGGCCUUAAUGAUAUCUCAUCUACUACUGUAAUGUUCAAAUACUUUUUUCUCAAAUUAUAACAAUUACAACAAGCUUUAUUUUAUUUCACUUUCCGUAUUUAUGUUGUCUGUUGAAUAAGUCAUUUAUAAUAAAUGGACUUGUUUACAGCCUGAA